AUGCUUUCAAAUAAAAGAAUAAGUUUAAUAAAGGUAUUACCUAUACCAUCAAAUAAAAAGAAUGUUUUUAAAAUAAAUUGUAGUAGUAAUACUACUAUCAUCACCACCUCCUCUACCACCACCACCUCGGGUAUUAAAUCCUAUUCAACACAUAAUAGAAGUAAUAAUGAUACUCACACUAGUAAAAGCAAUACCAUCGAUCAACAUCAGCAACAACAACCACAACAACAUCAGAACAAUGAUAAUAAACAUUUAUUUACCCCAACACCAUUUCAAUCAUUGGUUAAAAAUGUAAAUAAACCCUUUAGAAAUGAUAAAGAUCCUGAUUAUUUACCAACUCAUCAUAGUGUUUUAAAUAUGUCAUUAGAUCAACUAAUUGAAAUGUAUAAGAAUAGAAAAGUUGUUGAUCUUAGUCAUGUACCAACAUUAGAUCCACAAGAUGUAUUUAUAAAUAGUGAAUUAAAAUUAGAAGAAAUUGAUGUUUUUGGAUUUGAUUAUGAUUAUACAUUAGCCAACUAUGGUGAUCAAGUUCAACAUUUAAUUUAUGAUUUAGCAAUGUCACAUUUAGUUGAUGAACAAAAAUAUCCAAUGGCUUUAAAAGAGAUUAAAUAUGAUCCAACAUUUGCAAUUAGAGGUUUACAUUUUGAUGUAAAUCAUGGUUUAUUAAUGAAAUUAGAUUAUUUAAAUAAUAUUCAAGCAGGUGCAAUUUAUCAUGGAAGAAGACCAUUGACAAAAGAAGAGGUAAUUCAAAUUUAUGGAUCAAUGCAAUUGAAAAGACUUUAUUGUGAUAGUUUUUUAAAACCAAUGAGUGAUAUAUUUUGUUUACCAGAAGCUUGUUUAAUUGCAAAUACUAUUCAAUAUUUAACAGAUCAUAAUUUAGCAUUUGAACCAAGAAUCAUUCAUGAAGAUGUUACUGCAGCUGUUGGUAAAGUUCAUUUAGGUGGUGGUUUACAUAAUAAAAUCAUCUCUGAUUUUCCACUUUAUUUAAACAAACAUCCAUUAUUAGGUGAAUUUUUAUUAAAAUUAAAAUCACAUGGUAAAAAAUUAUUUUUAUUAACAAAUAAUUCAUACUUUUAUGCAAAUCAUGGUAUGAAAUAUUUAUUAAAUGAUCAAUUGAAUGGAAAAUAUGAAGAUUGGACAGAUGUAUUUGAUGUGAUUAUUACAAAAUGUGAUAAACCAUCAUUCUUUGGUAAAGGUAGACCAUUUAGAAUGUAUCAUCCAGAUUCAGAUAGAUAUGAUUGGAAUGAAGUUAAUCAUUUCGAACCAAAGAAAGUUUAUGUUGGUGGAAGUUUAAAACAAUUUACAAAUGUCAGUAAAUGGCGUGGUAGAAGUGUAAUGUAUUUUGGUGAUCAUCUUUAUUCAGAUUUAGUUGAACCUUCUCAAAAAGAAGGUUGGAAAACUGGUGUUAUCAUUAAAGAAUUGGAAGUUGAAGUUGGUAUUCAAAAUUCCCCAAAAUAUAGAGAACAAUUAGCUGAAUUAUUACAACUUGAAGAUGUUAUUAGAAAAUGUCAAUUUUUUUCAGGUGAAAAGAAAGAAUUAUUUUUAGAACAACUCAAAACAGAAAGAUAUAAAAAACGUUUAGCAUUAAAAGAACCAUUCAAUGCAAAUUUUGGUAGUUUAUUUAGAACUCAUACAAACGCAACAAUAUUUGCUUCAUCCCUUCAAAGACAUGCCGAUAUUUAUACUUCAAAAAUUGAAAAUUUAAUUUCUUACCCAUUAACUGCCAGUUUGAUACCGAGCAGAAAUUAUCUCCCACACGAAUUCAAAUUAAAUUAA